AUGGCCAGAGUUACUGAGCCAAGAAAUGAAUAUAUGCUUGUCUUGCUUCGUUGCUUCGUUCACGCCUUCAUAAAGUCUCAAUUUUACACUAAGCCCCGUCGAGCGCCAGCCAAAACUGAUCUGUCGGGUCAAGUUGCAAUCGUCACCGGCGGUAUCACAGGAUUAGCAUAUCACUGUGCAUCCCAUCCGCUUUCCCUGAAGCUCUCACAUCUUAUUCUCACAGUGCGGUCACCAGAAGAAGGCGAAUGUGCCGCCAGCAAGCUACGCGCCGACUAUCCCACCGCAAAAAUACUCAUAUGGUCGCUCGAGAUAGUCUCGUAUUCGACCAUUCGGGCCUUUUGCCGACGGGUCGAUAACAACCUCCCACAACUCGACGUCGCGAUUCUCAACGCAGGUGUUCUUUCAACAUUUCUCUUGGCAAUCCUCAUGCUUCCCAUAUGCAAGAACAAGGCGCCCCGUGGUAACCGGGGCCGCCUUACGAUCGUGAGCUCUGGGACAGCUCUGGUUGCGAAGCUGCCCAACCGGGAUAAGCGGCCGUUGCUGGCAUCUUUCGACGAUGUCAAUGUCCAGCCGUGGAAUUCAGUCGAGCGACACUUCUCGUCUAAGAUGCUAGGACACUUGUUCUUCGUCCAGAUGCUCGAGUAUCUGAACUCCGACGAUGUGAUUGUCAAUCUGGCUGAACGAGGAAUGCGUAAGGGCUCUGAGUUGCAUAGAGGCGCCAGGGGCUUCGCCGCUGUAUUUUUGAAUACCGUCAAGGCGCUAGCUGGACGUAGACCCGAGAACGGAGUAUGGGCGUAUGUCGACGCUGCAGUGGUGAAGGGGAACGAAUCCCACGGAUGUUUCUUGAUGGACUGGGAGACACACCCAUUUACUAGACUCGCCUAUCUUCUAGAAGGACAGCCUACCAUGGAUGCGCUUUGGGAGGAGACCUUGGGCCAAAUUUGA